UUCAUCGGAUCAAUCUAAUUUAUCAUGUGAUAUAUUGCGAGAACAGAAAAAUAACCAAUCAAAGAUAAAGUCUCCUUGUCCCGAGCUCAAAUUAUCUACUGAUCAAGCACAAAGUGACAUCCCUGAACUAAGUGAUAUCCCGUCCCAAAUAACAGAAGCUAGUACAUUGGUGAUAAAAAUUCCCUAUAAUUGGAAAGUAGAACAAGGUUUAUUACAUGAGUUAUUUGAAUUUAUUAGAGGCACCGAUUCCAUGUCCUUACAAAGUCUAAAGAAAACUCCAUUGAAUUCUAUCUUUAUUAAACAAAUUUCAAACAUUUCUGUUGAUAUAGAUCUAACUCCAGGUUCUGUACCUCAUUUAGCUCUUUCAAAUCUUAGUUCAGAAAAAAAUAUUGGUGAUCAAAUGGCGAGAACGCAAAUAUAUGAUGAAAUGAUGCAGUAUCUACCUGAAUUAGAUGCGAAGGUAUCAUCAUCUGAAUCCCAAAAAUAUUUAUAUUAUAUACAAGGUGUUGACAAAUAUACUUUAGCAGAAUUUAAUCACUCUGCCUUAAUUCUGCCUUUAUCACCUCUUGCUAUUAGAAGAGAUAUAAGAAAAAGAAGAAAAAAUCUCAUUAGUGUAAAAAUUGAUCGGCGUGAAGAUUCUUCACGCGUACAUG